UGGAGGCGGAGCCUCGGCGGGCCAGCCCCGCGGAACACGCCCCCUCCCCAGCGAGCCUCUUGCAGUCGGAGCCGAGCAGCUGGCGGAGCGGAGAGGGUCGCAGGUCAGCCAUGUCAUCUGAGCCACCUCCACCGCCACAGCCCCCAACACACCAGGCUUCGGUCGGGCUGCUGGACACCCAGCGGGCCCGAGAUCGGUCACCGUCCCCUCUCCGGGGCAACAUGGUCCCAAGCCCGCUGCCCACCCGCCGGACGAGGACCUUCUCGGCGACGGUGCGGGCUUCGCAAGGUCCUGUCUACAAAGGAGUCUGCAAAUGCUUCUGUCGAUCCAAGGGCCACGGCUUCAUUACCCCGGCCGAUGGUGGCCCCGACAUCUUCCUGCACAUUUCUGACGUGGAGGGGGAGUAUGUCCCCGUGGAAGGCGACGAGGUCACCUAUAAGAUGUGCUCCAUCCCCCCCAAGAACGAGAAGCUGCAGGCCGUGGAGGUGGUCAUCACCCAUCUGGCCCCGGGCACCAAGCACGAGACCUGGUCCGGCCACGUCGUCAGCUCCUAGGAGAUGCCGGAAGCAUCCCUUCUCCUGGGCUCGCGGGAGACUCUGGGGGGGAGGAGGAGGCAGAACCAAACUGCAGAUGACGGUCUACCGCUUGAGAUGGGGCUUCAGAGCGGGGAGCACGGUCCCUUUCAAGCAUCUUCCGGAGGAAGGGGCGAUGGGGACAGGCACUGGCAUGCUCUCGGCCACCAGCACAGCCUUGGACCGUUCCAACAGCCUCUCACCAUCUGAAAAGCAUUAAAAGCAUGGAAAAAGGAGGGGUGCCCGCUGGUGGCUGAGUGGAUGGUCCAACCCCAGCCCCGGGGGUGGGUCAGGUGGGCGCUUCCCCAGCCCACAGAGUCCUUGUGCCCCUGGGCUGGAGGCUCAGAAUCCCCAGAUCCAGCCCGCCCCGGGGGCUGACGGGAGGCCCUAUGCGUUUCCCACCUGCGCCUACCCUCCUUGUGUCUGUGUUUGGCCCUCAGCAAAGCGGGCUCUUUUCUGUUGGUCUGUUCGGUUUGUUCUAGGGGAGCUGGCCUCACCGGGCAGGGGGGCACGAGAGCGGGGGUCUUUGGUGCGUUUGCAGCGGGAAGAAUCCCAACUGGGUGCCUGGGAAAAGAGUUUCCCCAGGAGCCCUGAGCCCUCCCCUCGGCCAUGCUGUGCUCAGCUGAAUCCUCUCUCCUCCUACCCUCAAUUUAGCAGACAGUUCACAGCCGUGGUCGUUUAGGUGGUGGGUUGGGGUGGGGGUGGGAGAAGGGCGGGUCUUUGUUUAAAAUCAGAGCUCGGUCCAGAACCCUCCGGAACAGAGUCGGUCGGUCGUGGUGGCUCGCUUCUCAACAGCCUGGUAAAGUCAAAACUUGGAGGAGAAAAUGCCCCUUUGGUGAUGGGGUUUUCCUGAAAACUGGUGUUAAGAAAAGCUGAGGGUGUGUUUGUUUGUUUGUUUUCUUCUCUAAUAACCAAGGCUUUUGCCCAGGGCCAACCCUGUUUGCACUUGGCUGUCGACAUUUCGAACCCUUGUAGAUAUUUUCCAUACACAAGUCCUGAGGCUUUUCUUUGCGGUGAUUUGCUUUGGCUCUAAGGGUGAUGUAAAAAUAGAAAUAGUUGGGUGGGUGAUAAUGUUUUGAAAUGUGUGGCUUCUGUGUACUCAAAGGUACGUUUUGUCAGUUGCAGGGAAGUGAACCCUGUAAAGCUGGCUUGGAAGCAGAUGGCAAUGUUGCAAAGGAGGGAGGGCGGCCGAUGGGUUGUGGAAGAGGCGAGGCCGAGUGCCUCGGCCUGUGGAUGGAUUUGUCUUUAAGCGUAGGAAUAUGGCUUCUUUUGCAAGAUAGAACUCUUUUGCUCAUGACCGGCGGGAGCUGUCUGAAAAUUGGCAAAUAGCGUUUGGCUGUGUGCAUGCGAACAGCCCGCUGCGGUCAGCGGUGGAUCUGCCAUUUCCUGGCCUGUUGUGCCCCUCGAAGGGUCCUCGGUCUGCUGCCUCUGCCUUCUGCUGGGUCCAGGGUGGCCCUUGCCUUCCACCCUGGAGACACCACACUUCCUGAGCCACUUCUGCCAAGGACCUUCGGGCUCCCAGAGGUCGAGAGCCUGCGUCUAAACCCCACCCCCGGGGGGUGUUCCUGGUCUUGGCCUGGCCUCGGCGGUCGGGACUCUUUGCGGACGCGUUCUCGUUCUUGGUCGGACACAGAGUCUCCAUUUACAAGAAGCUCUGGGAGGAGCCUGGUGCCGGUGAUGAGCCGGGGUGGCGUCCGGGAUUCCUUCCCUCUCUCCUCCCGCCCGCCACCUCUGUCUCAAUAAAGUGUGUUCUGUGCAACGCUGGGUGUUGUCCGUGAGGGUGGAGGCCGGCUUCUUGAAGCCAGCAGGUAAGGGCGUCUUCCCAAACGGGGCUGACCCCCUGCUCCACCAUCUGGCUUUUGUGGCUGCUGAAUAAGAGAGUGGGAUCGUCCCCUUUUCUGUAAUCAUCACAUUCUCCAGCGUAGGGCGGCUUAGCAGUAGAGGGUGGCUUCGCGUGAGCAAAAUGCCACUGACUGCGUCAGCUGUGGCUAAAUGUUGAUGCAUUUGGGCGUUUCCCGCGUGAGCAGCAGCAGGGAGAGGCAGGGCCGGCCGGACAAAGGUUAGUCGGGAAGCAGGAGGUGCGAAAGCCUGUGGUCUCCUUGUCCGGGAGCGCAGCGGGGAGAUGCAGGGCCGCGGGCGGACGCUGGGCCGUUCUGGGUUGGACUUUGGGUUAGGCUGGGACGGUCUUGCCCGGCCAGCGUCUCCAAAGGGCGGGUAGGUCAUUUUUAUUAGCGCAGAGGUGGAUGUUUUUACUGCGGUACUGAUUUUCAAAGUGUACUGGGGAAACGUCCAGUCACCCCCUUGAACCUGGGUAGGGAGAAGUUGAAGUAGGCAUUUAUUCACAACAAGGAGACGUGUCCCAGCGCCGCACUCGGCAUCGGACGGGGGGUGCUGAGCCUGGAGAGGGUGCCCCAGUCCAGCUCCGAGUGAAGGGUUGAGCGGUGGUGGGAGGGAGCCCGGGGCCUGGCUGCGGGGGCAAGUGGCCCGACAGGCCAAGGACAAGAGCAGUUAAGCAGGAGGAAGCAGCGGUUGGGGAAGAAGUGAUUCAGGGCCUCCGCCGCUUUGCCCGAAUCUGCAAGAUGGGCCCAGCUCUGUCGUCCAGGGGCCGCCCGCCCGCUGGCUGGAGAGACCUCGCAGGGUGUCCUGCGGAUCCCGAGACCCGCGUUCCCUCCCUCGGGAUGGAGAGCUGGCGCCUCCCUCCAGGCGAGGACGGCCUUCCUGGGGGUUCUCUCUCCAGUAGCCCCGGGUGUGCCCUCCUCACGGCUGCUGAGUCCAGGGCCAACCUCUGCCUCCCUCUUGCUCAACACUCAGCUGUGGUGUGUGUUUGUUGUGAUGGUGUCCGUCCUGCCUGCUGAGGGACCCCCCCUCCCCACCCUGCCCGGCCCCGGGGGAGGGGGGGUGACUAACAGUGCCUGCCCUGCAGGGUUCCUGGGGGCUAGUUCAGUUAGUAGUAGCUCGGCUGCAGGUCCUUUAAGCCCCCCACAGAGGUAGGGCUGCACCCCACCUGACAGACGAGCAGACGAGCUGGGGUGAACCGGUCCUGAGUCCCCCGGCUGGUCUGCGGCACAGCCAGGGAUUGAGUCCCGGCAGCGAGGUGCACACGUUGUUCUGCCUUAUGUGUCCCCGUUGCAGUGGGAGGGCAGGAGGCAGUGCAGAGGGAAGGCCUGGGAGAUGAAGGGCCCAGCCUGCCGGCCUCAGGGCACCCGGGCAGGACUCUCCAGUUAUAAAGGUUAGGACACGUUUGAGUGAGACUCCAUUGUCUUGCUUUGCUGUAGCAAGUUAAGGAACCUUCCAGGGAAUCGUGGGUCCUUACCCCUGGGCAGGAAAGCUCAUGCCGGCAGGCCUGGAUGCGCGAAGCCCUGCCCCUGCGGAAACACCGGGAACCAGAGUGUCUGAUCUGCACGGGCUGGGCUUUCUUUCCUGAAUCCGAGAGGAUACCACAGCUAAGUGUUCACUUCGCCAUUCGUGUGACAAAGGAAGAAAAAGUCAUCAGAAUGAGAAACAGGAAACAAUAAAAUCACUUUAAUUUG